CACAUCCGUUCUUAUUUUGUUUUCGCGACCAUUUAGAUGAUGCUCAUGGAUACUGGUGGAAUAUAUUAAUUCGUAGUUUUGUCGAAUAGAUAUCUUUAGUAACAACUCUUUGAUUUAUCCAUGAAGUCCAUUCGGCUGUGGGUCCUGGGUGCGCUGGUCACACUGGUAUGCAGCGUCCUGGCGGGCGAGGAUUUCUAUGAAUUACUUGGCGUGGCACGUGGCGCCAGCGAUAAGGAGAUCAGAAAGGCCUUCAAGAGGCUUGCAGUUACCAAACACCCUGAUAAAAAUCCUGAUGACCCGGAGGCACACAACAAGUUCCUGAAGAUCACACGAGCCUACGAGGUGCUGAAAGACGAGGAUCUGAGAAAGAAGUACGACACCCAUGGAGAAGAGGGUCUGUCAGAGAACUUUGGGCGACCAAAAUAUGAGAGCUGGCAAUAUUAUCAGGAAGAGUUUGGUAUCUAUGAUGACGAUCCUGAAAUCAUCACCCUCAGCAGGGCGGACUUUGAGAUGUCAGUUGAGAGUACAGAUGAUGUGUGGUUUGUGAACUUCUACUCCCCGCACUGCUCCCACUGCCACACCCUGGCACCAACUUGGCGGGAGGUGGCCAGGGAGCUGGAGGGAGUCAUCAGGAUCGGUGCAGUGAACUGCGAGGACGAGUGGCAGCUGUGUAGAAUGCAGGGCAUCCGCUCAUACCCCUCACUCAUGAUGUACCCCAUUAAAGAGAAAUUCCAUGGUGACAAGACGAGAAAGGAGUUGGUGAAGUACGCUUUGCAACACACCAAAGUGAGAGUGUUUGAGCUGUGGUCAGGAAACUUUGAAGGCACUGUAAACCAGAAUGAGAAUGGUCUCCCUUGGCUGAUUUCCUACUGUGGAGAAGGUGGAGAUUGUUUCACAACCAGUACGGCUCUGAAAGUGGCAGGAAUGCUGAGUGAGCUGGUGAAUGUUGGCACAAUGAGUUGCCAUGGUAACAAUGAGAACCUGUGUGAAACCCUGGGUGUGGAGGGUGGCACUGUCUACUACAAGGAUGGGGUCGUGCAGAAAGGGCAGGGAAUGUCCAUCAGCAGUCUGGUUGCCCAGGAGGUGACCAAUCAGGUUCUGUCCCUGUUGCCUGACGUGACUAUCCUUGAUCAGGAGAAACUCAAGGAUAUCCGUGAGAAGUUGAAGUCUGGAGAGGAGGGGCCAUGGCUCAUACACUUUGUCGAGGGAGACGAGGGGAGACACCUCGAGCUCCGGAAACUGCCUGCCAUGCUCUCGGAUAUCAAGGUUGGCCGAGUGGACUGUCAGUUGGUGAGGUACAUCUGUAACCAGCUGCACAUUCACAAGUUUCCUAGUUUCCUGGUCUUCAAGCAGUCGGGUGGAUAUGAGAUAUACUACGGUCGAGCCACGGCCCAUGAUGUAGCAGCGUUUGCCCGUGACGCCUCCGUGAUCAGACUGGAAGCCUUGGGACCGGGCGACUUUGAGUCCCGUCGUGUGGGACCUUCCAGUCAACAGGCCUGGUUUAUAGACUUCUUUGCGCCUUGGUGCCCACCGUGUAUGAAGCUGCUACCAGAGUUCAGAAAGACGGCCAAAAACUUUGGGGACGUGGUGAACUUUGGCACGGUUGACUGCACCAUCCAUGCAGAUCUGUGUAGAAUGUACAAUGUGCGCUCCUACCCUACAACCAUCUUGUACAACCAGUCCAUACCUCACCAGUAUCACGGUCACCAUAAUGUACACGCCAUGGUGGAAUUUAUUCAAGACACUCUGACACCCCCGGUGCUGACACUGGACUCUACCUCAUUCCAGCAGCUGGUGGUGGGGAAGGGGGAGGAGGAGAUCUGGCUGGUAGAUUUUUACACAACCUGGUGUGGGCCCUGUCUACAGAUGAUGCCAGAGUGGAACCGGCUGGCAAAGAUGCUGAAGGGCACUGCCAACGUGUUUGUGGCCAAGGUGGAGUGCCAGGAGCAGUCUCAGCUGUGUAACCAGCAGGGCGUCACGUCCUACCCCAGUCUCCGGCUGUUCCCUCCCAGAUCUAGCAGGGGAUCACAUUUUAUCUACAAUGGGUGGCACAGGGAUGCAGAGUCCCUCCAGGCGUGGGCAUACGAGUUCCUACCCUCGGCAGUGGACACCCUCACCUUCCAGUCGUUCUCCAGCCAGGUGAUGGAGGGCAGGGAGGCAUGGAUCGUAGACUUCUACGCCCCCUGGUGUGGACACUGCCAGGUGUUUAAGCCCCAGUUUGAGAGGGUCGCUAAUAGUAUAGAGGGCAUUGCGAGGGCCGGAAAGGUGGAUUGUACACAGGAGCAGCAUCUAUGUCAGAAAGCCGGUGUGAACUCCUACCCCAGUGUGAGGUUCUACCCUGGGGACAGUAACAAUCAGAAUUACUAUGGCUGGGACAUAGUCAGUCAGAAUGCUGAAGAAAUUGUUCAAUUUGUCAAAAACAAUAUACCUAAACAAAAACUGGCUGCUCCUAACCAUGACGAGUUCUGAUUGAAAGUCGCUCCUGUAUGAGAAGAUAUUAGCAAUAAAUAAUGUGAUACGGUUGGCAAUUUACAUUUACUUGUGAGUUUAUUUUAGUUUUACUUUUGUGAUAUGUCUUGCCAUGGCAAUCGCUUCGAUAUUUUGCAUUCUGUUUGUUUAAGGUAUUAAUAUAAUUUGCAACAUUCAGUAUCCUAUAAUAAACUGUGGUCACAUUAAAAAAUGAUUUUUAUAACAUAUAAUCAAUAUUUAUUUUAUUUAUAUUAUCAUAUAAAUUAACAUCAAAGUGUUUGUAGUCCCAUUAAAUUGAAUGAUAUACCUUUCUUACUAUAUUCAAGUUGUAAAGGCUCUGUUUCCAAUUCUUAGAUACUGAUGAGAAGCAAACAGCAUAAAACCUGAACAGACUGCAAGUCACUGAAUUUGCACAUAGCCAUUUUCACUUUGAUUUUGAUUGGGAAAUAGUUAAAUAUCAAAUGAAAUGAAGAUGUUGCAUUUAUGUGUUAUAUGAUCUCCAACUAUUUGUUCUCUGCACGAACUUGUUUUCAAUUAAAUUAUCCACAUUUCACUAAGUGACAAAAGUAUGAAAUACCUGGAAUUAUCCAACAAUUGGUGCAGAAUGUGUAGUAAAAAAGUAUAUUCCGCUUGUAUGAAUUAAUUCAGGCAAUUAUAUUCAUUGAUAUACUGUAUAUUAACCCUUUGCAUGCUGGGAAAUUUUUCAUCUGCUAAAAUGUCGUCUGCUGAAUUUCUAAAAUUAGCAUUUUCUUCGAUUUUUUUCAAAGAAUACUAUCAGAAUAUCAAACAGUUUAGAUCCUGAUGAGAUGCCACGUUCUGUGGCAUCUCAUCUGGAUCCAAACUGUUUGCAAAGGCCUUCAAAAUUCGGUUCCCGCACUGAAAGGGUUAAUUUGUUUUCAUUGACAUGUUAAUAUGAGGUUUCACUUAAUCUGGCAUUCUUCAUCUUUAAUUUAUGAUUUUUUAUACGCCCGUAUAAAAUACGGGACGUAUUAUGUGAAACCCCUUGGCGGGCGGGCGGGCGGCGGGCGGAAGGCAUCACUUUGUCCGGACUCUAAUUCAAAUUGUAUUCAUCCGAUCUUCACCAAACUUGGUCAGCAGUUGCAUCUAGUUGAUAUCUAGGCCAAGUUCGAAUAUGGGUCAUGCCGGGUCAAAAACUAGGUCAUAGGGUCAAUAAGUGCAUUUUCAAAGGGGCCACUUUGUCCGGACUCUAUUUCAAAUUGUAUUCAUCCGAUCUUCACCAAACUUGGUCAGCAGUUGCAUCUAGUUGAUAUAUAGGCCAAGUUCGAAUAUGGGUCAUGCCGGGUCAAAAACUAGGUCAUAGGGUCAAUUAGUGCAUUUUCAACGGCGCCACUUUUUUUUGCUUAUUUCCAAAACAAAUACAUCAAUCAUCAGUGUAUCAUCUCCAAUGGCACACGAAUCGGGCGUAUAUUGCUCCGUCAUGCGGCGCUCUUGUUGUUAAAUUACUGAUAUACAACUUCAGAACUUUCAUUGGACAUAUGAUUUCAUGGUUAAAAAGGUCCAAUGAAAAUCAACGAACAUUAGUGUCCAAUGAUAAAUAUUGGUUUCACAGUGUGUGUUGAGCUUCCUGGUUAUUAUUUCAAGAAGCUAUCAAGCAUCAUUGAAAAUCAUUAUAAGUAGAUUGGUGAUAUAUGAUUGGCACUAAUAAUAAUAGUAUUACAAAGAUAUUUCAUUUUCAACUCAUUUAUGUAUUUAUUUGUAUGACUGUAUUUUUGAGGACGUCUGAGCAACUCCAUUAUAAACUUAUUAUGUAUUUCUUGGUAUGACUGUAUGUAUUUCCUUGUGUGCUUUGUUGAGUUUUGAAUGUGUUUGUAUUGUUUUUGUAAAACAUUUUUGCCCUUCUAAAAAAAGUGUAUUUUUAAUAUAGUUUUGUCACCAUAUUUAAUGCAUAUCAGAUGUGCAUUUUAUGCACUUUUGAAUUUUCCUGUACUUGUUCUGGAUUGUUUACAAAAAAGUGCAUCAAUGAACUUGAAAAUAUAUACUUGAAACACCCUUAAAUUGUACUCCAGCCUACUUAUUUUAGGGUUAAGUGUAUUUUGAAAAGGAGAUAAAAACUUUUUAUGCACUCAAGUGAAAUAAUGCAGGAAAGCAUACUAUUCUUUUUAUACGCCCGUUUUAAAAAUGGGACGUAUUAUAGUUUCACCUUGGCGGCGGGCGGGCAGCGUCCACAGCAUUGUCCGCUCUCCAAUUCAAAUAGUUUUCAUCCGAUCUUCACCAAACUUGGUUAGAAGUUUUAGCUAGACAAUAUCUAGGUCAAGUUCGAAUAUGGGUUAUGCCAGGUCAAAAACAAGGUCACAGGGUCACUUAGUGCAUUUCAAGCAUUUAGCAUGGGUCCGAUCUCUAAUUGAAGUAGUUUUUAUCCGAUCUUCACAAAACUUGGUCAGAAGUUGUAUCUGGACAAUAUCUAGGUCAAGUUUGAAUAUGGGUCAUGCCGGGUCAAAAACUAGGUCACGGGGUCACUUAGUGGAUUUCAAGCAUUUAGCAUGGUGUCAGCUCUGUAAUAGAAGUAGUUUUCAUCCGAUAAUCACCAUACUUGGUCAGAAGUUGUAUCUAGACAAUAUCUAGGUCAAGUUCGAAUAUGGGUCAUGCAGGGUGAAAAACUAGGUCACAGGGUCACUUAGUGCAUUUCAAGCAUUUAGCAUGGUGUCCGCUCUCCAAUUGAAGUAGUUUUCAUCCGAUCUUCACCAAAUUUGGUCAGAAGAUGUGUCUAGACAAUAUCUAGGUCAAGUUCAAAUAUGGGUCAUGCAGAGUCAAAAACUAGAUCACGAGGUCACUUAGUGCAUUUCAAGCAUUUAGCAUGGUGUCCGCUCUUUAACUGAAGUAGUUUUCAUCUGAUCUUCACCAAAUUUGGUAAGAAGUUGUGUCUAGAUGAUAUGUAGGUCAAGUUCAAAUAUGGGUCAUGGUAAAGUUAUCAAGUUGUCCAAAACCUUCAAAAGGGCGUAUCUUGUUACAGUUUGGCACUCUUGUUUUCUGUUAAAAGUGAAUAUUUUUUUUGCAUUUUUAAGUGUAGUUAAAGGCAUUUAAGGCGCUUUUAAUGCAGUAAAAAUAAUUUGCCAAAACUGCUUUGUUAAUUGCGCAUUAAAUACAUUGAAAAGGGUGACACUUAUUUUUCACGUAACAAAUAUACCAGCACAUUUUUUUUCGCAAGCGUACAUAAUUAAGUGCAUAAUUACACAUUAUGGAGAAAUUCUUUCCCAUGUUUGGUUUUUAUACGCCCGUUUUAAACAAACGGGACAUAUUAUAGUUUCACCUUGGUGGUGGGCGGCGUUCACAGCAGUGUUCGCUCUCUAAUUCAAAUAGUUUUCAUCCGAUCUUCACCAAACUUGGUCAGAAGUUUUAUCUAGACAAAAUGUAGGUCAAGUUCGAAUAUGGGUUAUGCCGGGUCAAAAACUAGGUCACAGGGUCACUUAGUGCAUUUCAAGCAUUUAGCAUGGUGUCCGCUCUCUAAUUGAAGUUGUUUUUAUCCGAUCUUCACCAAACUUGGUCAAAAGUUGUAUCUGGACAAUAUCUAGGUCAAGUUCGAAUAUGGGUCAUGCCGGGUCAAAAACUAGGUCACGGGGUCACUUAGUGCAUUUUAAGUAUUAAGCAUGGUGUCUGCUCUGUAAUAGAAGUAGUUUUCAUCCGAUAAUCACCAUACAUGGUCAGAAGUUGUAUCUAGACAAUAUCUAGGUCAAGUUCGAAUAUGGGUCAUGCAGGGUGAAAAACUAGGUCACAGGGUCACUUAGUGCAUUUCAAGCAUUUAGCAUGGUGUUCGCUUUCUAAUUGAAGUAGUUUUCAUCCGAUCUUCACCAAAUUUGGUCAGAAGUUGUGUUUAGACAAUAUCUAGGUCAAGUUCAAAUAUGGGUCAUGCCGGGUCAAAAACUAGAUCACGACGUCAUUUAGUGCAUUUCAAGCAUUUAGCAUGGUGUCCGCUCUCUAAUUGAAGUAGUUUUCAUCUGAUCUUCACCAAAUUUGGUUAGAAGUUGUGUCUAGAUGUAGGUCAAGUUCAAAUAUGGGUCAUGGUAAAGUUAUCAAGUUGUCCAAAACCUUCAAACGGGCGUAUCUUGUGACAGUUUGGCACUCUUGUUUUCAAUGGGUUAAUUUAUAAAGGCCCAUAUUUUCACAGCACUUUGGGUAAAUCUUAACUCAUACUUAAAAUAUUCAGUCGUAUUUACGUAAAAAUAUCACACUUAAAAAUUUACAUUUUGUCACCGAGUGUUCUGAAUGAGGGAAUUUUUACUAUGGAAAUCACGAACAGAUGAAGCAACUGUUUACUUUGAGUCACAUCUGUAAAGUAUGUCAUUAAAAAGGGCCCCUAAAGGGCAACAAACAACAAUUUACUUUGAGUUACAUCUUUUAAGUAUGUCAUUAAAACAUGUUAUAUGCAAAAAGUAUGCAUUCUUAAAUGAAAGCUCAUAUCACAAUAUGGGGCCUUUUUGACCUUCUAUAUUUUUAAAUUUUGAUAUCAUUUUUGUGAGCAUUCUUUGGUUUGACUCGGUUAUUUGCCCAGCGUGAUAAUGCAAUCGAUUAAAGCAAUGUCCACCGUAAUUUCUUUGCAUGGCUUUAGAAUCACAAGUUUGAAAUUGGAUUCGGAUUGUUUUUAUCCGACUUUUUGCUUAUGGGUUUUUAUAAUAUUUCUAAUUUUGUUAUAUAGUAUAUUAACAUUAACACUAUGUUUCAGUUAAGUUCAUUUAUGAUUAAGUUUAAAUAAGAUUCCUUUAUUUAAAAAAUAAUAACUAACCUGUAUAUGAAUGUAAGAAUCCGGUUUUCCUUUUCUUAGUCCAUUCAAGAGACUUACAUGUUUUCAUAUUUUUGAAAAUGUAAUUAAACAUAUUGUUAAAAAAACUUCUUUAUUUGGAUUAAUUUAAAAUCAGUAUGGACUCCAGAAAAAAAUUAAUAAAAUAUAAUUGAAACUAUGCAAAAACAUUGAUUCACAUUGGUUGUCAUACCAGAAGUUUGCUGUAUAUUUAUCUAAGGGUACUUAUUUUUUCCUUACAUUUUAUAACUAAUUUGUGCAUGAUGUAUAAUAAGUAUUGUAAUAAUAAUAUAUUAAUUGUUUUACCUCUAGUUUUUCCAAUCUGCUGCAAAUACCGGUAACUGUCUACUUUGUUUCCCAAAGUGACUAAACUAGGAAAAUAUGUUAUUAGUGAGGCUGUGUUCGGAGAAAACCCGAGCUAUUGUCAUAACCAGCUCGUCCACCAACUGCCAUCCGCCGUAGACGUUGUGCUAAAACCUUAACAUUGGCUCUAAAAUCAAAGUGCUUCCACCUACAACUUUGAAACUUCAUAUGUAGAUGCACCUUGAUGAGUUCUACACGCCACACCCAUUUUUGGGUCACUAGGUCAAAGGUCACUGUGACCUCUUAUAUUAAACUUUAACAUAGGCUCUAAAAUCAAAGUGCUUCCACCUACAACUUUGAAACUUCAUAUGUAGUUGCACCUUGAUGAGUUUUACAUGCCACACCCAUUUUUGGGUCACUAGAUCAAAGGUCAAGGUCACUGUGACCUCUAAAAAAAAAAAUUCUGACAAGCUUUCGCAGCCGAGCGUGGCACCCGUUAUGCGGUGCUCUUGUAUUUGUAUUACCGGUAACUACAGUUACAUGAUUUAUAGGACUUAGAAUUGUAGCCUUUAAAAUCUGAGGUAAACACUCAAGAUGAACAUUAACAAAGUAAUACAUUUAAUGGCAAAAUCCAUAUUUAAGGUACUGAGCGAACUUUAAAAAGAAAUUUAGCAAUAGCAUCUUUGUUUGACAUACCGUGGACAAAAUUUUGUUCAUAGCAUAAUAUUCCAAAAUUUAUUUCGCAGUUUUCUAAAAGCAAGUUGGAACACGUUCUACACUGAAUUCUGUUUCAUUCAUUCAUGACACAUAUAAUGAAGUGCUUUCAAAUUUUUCCUAAAAAAAAAGUUCGAGCAAACCGUUGUUUGUUAGCCAAUUUACCUAAAAGGGUUAUAGUGUUGAUUAAUGCUUCCAUAACUAGUACAGUAUAAGAUUAUUUGUCUUAUUUAUUGCAUGGACGCCAAGUGCUAAAAGUGUUUUUGUGAUAUGUUUGAUGUGCCAUGUUUGGAAUAUCUUCAAACCAUAUAAAUCAAAUGUUGUCAGAAGAAAAAGUUUAAACAUCUAUCAAUGUUAUAUAACCUUUUAUGAAUAUUUUGAUCUUAAGCAUGUGUAAAAUAGCUUUUUGAGCUUUUGGUUGGAUACUUAUUGUUGUAUUGACCAUUGACCAAUCCCAUUUUGUUAUUUUGCUUUAAUUAUGUAGCCACAUCAUGCAAUUUAACCCUUAACCAGUUAGAUACAUAUUUUCAUGCAUUUAUAGUCGCUAAGAAAGUUAUAUUUAAUUUAGGACUUUUCAUACUGGAUUGAAGUUUUCAAGGCUUCAUCUCCAACCCUUAGAUACUGAUGAGCAGCAAACAGGAUUAAACCUGAACAGACUGUGAGUGACCUGCAGGCUGUUCUGGUUUUAUGCUGUUUGCACAUAGCCAUUUUCACUUUGCCUUCACCUUUCCUUUUUUAUAAUGACCAUUACGUAAAUAUAUAAUUAAAAAGCAUGUGAUAAAAAUGAUCUGACACUUGUGGUUAUGUCUUACAAUGCUUUAUUAAACUCGUCCAGGAAAUGUGUAAGUAAGCUUACUAAUUGCUGGCUUACAAAGAAACUUCAUUAAAUAGUCCAAUAAAAUAUGGUAUGGAAUGACAACUGGUGUAAACUGGUAUAUUUACAUUAUUAAAACUUACUUAAUCAAAUAUUGUACUUAGCAAAAAGGUAUACAUGGCUGUGUGGUGGUGUUUUUUGUGUUGAUUUUUGCAGCAUUUGAAAACUGUAUUUUGUUUUCUUCUUACUUGUCAAAUAAUUAAAUAAUAACUUGUGAGGAAUAGUUUACGUAGCGUUUUGUUGAGGGAUGGUUUACAUUGUGUUUUGAUGAUAUGAUAACAUGUUAGGGAUAGUUUACGUUGUGUUUUGAUGAUAUAAUAACAUGUGAGGGAUAGUUAACAUAGCAUUUGAUGAUUUGUCCCUGAAAUGCAUGGUCAAUUGUUUUGUUUUAAGAAGUACUUCGUCAAAUAAUAUUCUGUUUAACAAGU